ACCUCACCUACCAGCGCAGCCGGAGCCGUGCACGAUUGUAGUCCAGUCAGAUAUACCGUGAGUGCGUAUGUGUUUGUACCUUGCCCUACCCAUAUCUGCCAAACGCCCAUAUACUUACCAUUGCUAGUCUAUAUCACAUCUCUAUCUACAUACGGUGGCUUAAAUCGUCUCUCGCGUCCGUUCUGUGUGCGUAGCACUCCGUCGUCUGCUGCAGCCGGAGACCGCCUUGGUAGACUGACCAAUCACUUGCUGGAACAACGAAGCUUCUACCCGUUGUAUCCCGCGGCGAAUGGUGUGAGCAUCGAUUACGAACGCCUGGAACAGUUGGAGAUGCCAAUGACACCGGACAUCCUGUUAAUACCAUCAAACAUGAAAUACUUUGCAAAGAAUGUCAGCGAGUGUUUAGCGAUCAAUCCAGGUCGCCUGACUCGAGCAAAAUCGGGUGGAACCUACACCAAAUUCACAGUACACGCGAUCCGACGGAACGACAUCCUGGAAAGCGAAACCGACAAACCCAUUCGACACAAUGUUAUAAAUCGGACACGCGUGGAGAUUCUGAAGAUCUAGUUGGGUUGAGGAUGAACGUAUUAGAAUAAAACUUUAGAUUCACACCUGCACAUUUAAGAUAAAUGCUG